AUGAGACGCUCAACACGGAAUUUGCGGCCGCCAGCUUCUCAAGAAUCGAUCAAAGCACUAACUACUAAGUCGCCAGCAACACAGUCUGGAAAUGGCGAGGGCACUUUCGCCCCAGCUGGCAGGACACGGACCCGGAAGAGGCCGCAACAAGACGCGUCAAGCGACGCGUCGGACGGGAAUGGCCAUGGCGACGAGUAUGUCGCGCCCAGCGCCAAGCCGUUGACGAAGAAACGCAAGAUAGCCCGCUCCGGCAAGAACGGCGCUGCCAACGCAGCAAUACACCAGCGUCUCUUCAGCAGUCCCAAUGCGGAUGUCAAGCACCCAGCAACAUGCACCCUCCCAAACCGCUCGCACACGGUGGCCUACCACCGUCCCCUACUCCUAGACAGCCAAACCGCCCGCACCUCGCUACUCACCUGGUUCGACGGUAUCAGCACCGCGCGCUCCAUGCCAUGGCGUAAGCCCUGGAUCGACUCCCGCGCCAUCGCACACCACAGCAGCAGCGACGACACUAACGCCGAAAAUGCAGCAGAGCUCCGCCAGCAGCUAGAGCGACGCGCCUACGAAGUCUGGAUCAGCGAGAUCAUGCUGCAGCAGACGCGCGUGGCGGUCGUCAUCGACUACUGGAAGCGGUGGAUGGCAUCAUGGCCGACGAUCCACUCGCUGGCGGCCGCCGAGCCUGACGCCGUACUCGCGGCGUGGCGGGGGCUGGGCUACUACAGUCGCGCGACGCGUAUUCACGAGGCUGCAAAGCUGGUCUGUGGCGACCCGGAUAUGGGAGGGCUGUUGCCGGUGGGCGCGGAGGAGCUCGCGGCGAAGGUGCCGGGCGUGGGACGCUACACUGCGGGCGCUAUCUCGGCUAUUGUCUUUGGUCGCGCGGCGCCGAUGGUGGAUGGCAAUGUGCUACGUGUACUUAGCCGGCAGCUUGGUCUGUUUGGGGAUGUCAAGGCUGAUAAGUCUGUGAUUGAUCUGCUGUGGGCUGCGGCUGAUGGCCUCGUCAAGGCUGUUGUGAAAGAUUCCGGAGAGGACGGAGACGUCGAGUCUCCAGGGGUACAAGUCAGCGAUCGCCCAGGACGAUGGGGCCAGGCAUUGAUGGAACUUGGCAGCACGAUCUGUACACCAAAGCCCAAUUGCGCUGCCUGUCCCAUCAGCUCCAGCUGUCGCGCCUACGCCGAAGGCCUUGAGCUAGCCCGCAGAAAGGGGCUCGUCCCGGAAGACAUGAUGCCUCCCAAAUCCAAGCAUACAGCCAUCUUGGAUAUCGAAGAUGCCUGCAGCUUCUGCAAGCCAUUUGAGGAGUUUGCACAAAACGGAGAAGACCAAGACGUCGCCACAUCCCUCACCACGGACGAAGCAACACCAACCCCAGAGCCCAAGUCCCGUUCGCGAAAACAAGCAACCCUGCAAUCAUUCGCCUUCACCCAAUCCGCCAAUUCAAAACAACUCCCCUUGACCCCACCUCCACUCCCGGGCCUAAACCCCCACGCAAUGGAAGUCGUAACAUCCCACGCGCGAAAAUUCCCCGUCAAGGUGAUCAAGAAAGCCGUGCGCCAAGAAGAGACACUCGUCUGCGCCAUCCGCCGCAGCAGCGACAGCCGAUACCUAAUCCACCGGCGUCCGGCGAAAGGCCUGCUCGCCGGCCUGUGGGAGCUGCCCAGCUACAUUCUACCAGAUAGCCACGACAGCACGCCAAAGUCACGCAAGAAGGACGCCGAAAAGUACGUAUCAGACCUGCUUGACGCCGAACCCAAAGGCAGAUCCCCGAAAUCGCCGCAGCUGAGGCACGCGUGCGAGCUUGGGCGCGUGCCUUGGCUGUUCUCCCAUCUGAAGCUGACGAUGCACGUUCAUCUGUUCCACCUUGAUGGUGAAGAGUCAUCAGCCGAGGAGACCGCCGAGGCGGCUGGGAGCAGGAGCCGGUGGAGCGGUGCGGUCGAUGAAGAAUCGAUGGGGACGGGAAUGCACAAGUGCUGGGCUCUGGUGAAAGAGAAGGAGGGCCAGUAA